AUGUUGCGAAAGCUCACCACUAAAUUUCCAUCAUCAUUGUUAUCUUCAUCCUCUGUUACUGCUUCGGCUUCCAUGAGAUUAUGUCAUUAUAAUCAUCAUCAGCAGCAAUUUAAAUCAAUUUUUAAAAGAUUGGCAAAUAUUCAAUCAUUAAUCAAUCCGAAUCGUCAAUUUUCUUCAUCAAUUAUAAGGAGAAAUCAGGCAGCUGAAAAACCAACCAAUGUUGAUGAAAAUAAGGAUGCUGCUGUGCCUCGAGAGGAAAAGAAAUCAUUCAUUAGAAAUGUUAUGGAAUUUAUUGGAGAAUUCUUGGAGGAAAUGGCCUCAAUGAUAUUGUGGAGAUUGUUGAUAUUUGUGGUGCCAAUUCUUUGCAUUGUUUGGUUUUAUUUUGGAAGUUCUGGUGUGACGACGGCAUUGACAUUGGCAUGGGUGUUUAUUGUGGCCAUUUUCACUGCAUCUGGUGAUGCCAAGAAUGAAAAGGAAAGUAAAUAA